AUGGCGAGAACUCCAGUGUAUUUCCUAAGCCAUGGCGGCCCUAAUGUCAUGUACAACCAUGGACAUCCGGCAUAUAAGAAGUUGCAAGAAAUUGGCCGAGAGAUCACUGGAAAGGUCAAACCACGGGCGGUUGUAGUGUUCUCUGCUCACUGGCAAGGAAAAAGUGAUACCAUCCUGGUUAAUACAGCCGAGGCUACGGAGUUGAUAUACGACUUUUAUGGAUUCCCACCGCAUUAUUAUAAGGAGAAGUAUCCCCAUGCGGGAAGCAAAGAGAUUGCGGAGAAGGUGAUCAGUCUCAUUCACAGUGCCGGCAUGAAGGCCGAGGGAGUUACACGGGGACUAGAUCAUGGCGUAUGGGUAAGCUUUAAGUGUGCAUUCGACCCAGAGGAUAACCCUCUUAACGUUCCGGUUGUCCAGGUGUCCCUGUUUGAUAGCGAAGAUCCCGACCAGCACUACAAGUUGGGACAAGCAGUUUCACAGCUGCGUGAUGAGAAUAUCCAGGUGAUAGUGUCUGGAAUGGCGGUGCAUAAUCUGCGGGACUUCCGCUUUACGGCAGGAGAUCCAAGCCCGUUACCCUAUACCGUUAGUUUUGAUGAGGCAUUGAAAGACGCGGUAGUGACUCCCCCAGCGGAAAGACAAAAGGCACUGGCAGAAUUGCUGCUUCGAAGUGAUGCGCGACAGGCUCAUCCGACCUUUGAACAUCUGUUGCCUAUCCACGUUGGUGCUGGAGCUGCCGAAAACGAUGCUGGGGAGAGACUGUGGACUUUGAAGGAAGGUAGCUUGAGUUGGGCGCAGUUCCGAUUUGGAGAUGUCCUGGCCUGA